CGGUCGGGGAAGCGCGAUGAAGGCGGCGGGAAGAACUAAAACUCCGAGGAAACAUGCAUUUAAAAAAGUGUCUAACAAUAGUUUGAAGGAUCCCGUUGGGGUGUAUUGCCGGAUCCGCCCAGUCGGUGUCCCAAACCAAGAGUGUUGCAUAGAAGUGAUCAGCAGCACAACAGUCCAGGUUCACUCACCUGAUGGGUACCGUAUUGCCCGUAAUGGAGAAUAUAAAGAGGUUCAGUAUUCAUUUAAAGAAGUAUUUGGCACAAGCAUUUCUCAGAAACAUGUAUUUGAUGUGAUUGCUAAACCUCUAGUGGAAGAUCUUAUCCAUGGAAAAAAUGGUCUCCUCUUUACGUAUGGAGUCACGGGGAGUGGAAAAACGCACACCAUGACUGGCUCCCCAGGGGAGGGAGGUCUGCUUCCUCGUUGCUUGGACAUGAUCUUCAAGAGCAUAGGGCCCUUUCAGGCCAAGCGCUACGUUUUCAAACUUGAUGAUAAGAAUGGAGUCGAGGUACAAUGCGAUGUGGAUGCUUUACUUGAACGCCAUAAAAGAGAAGCACUUCCAGUUCCCAAGACACCGGUGGGCAAGCGACAGAUAGACCCUGAAAUUGCUGACAUGAUCAAUGUGCAAGAUAAUUGUAAACCGGAGGAUGUUGAUGAAGACAGUGUCUACAGCGUGUUUGUGUCUUACAUUGAAAUCUAUAAUAACUACAUUUAUGAUCUUUUGGAUGAAUCCCCUUUUGAUCCCACAAAACCAAAGUUUCCUCAAUCCAAAAUUCUCCGUGAGGAUCAAAAUCACAACAUGUAUGUUGCAGGUUGCACUGAGGUAGAAGUUAAAUCUACAGAAGAAGCCUUUGAAGUGUUUUGGAGAGGCCAAAAGAAGAGGCGCAUUGCACACACUCAACUGAAUAGGGAGUCGAGUCGUUCGCACAGUGUAUUUCUAAUUAAACUGGCUCAGGCUCCUCUCAGUGCAGAUGGAGAUAAUGUUCUGCAGGAGAGAGAGUUAAUAUCCUUGAGCCAGUUAUCACUGGUUGAUCUAGCAGGGAGUGAGAGAACAAACAGAACCAAAGCUGAAGGAAACAGACUCCGUGAAGCUGGUAAUAUCAAUCAAUCACUGAUGACAUUAAGAACCUGUAUAGAAGCUCUGCGAGAGAACCAAACCUAUGGGACCAAUAAGAUGGUCCCUUACCGAGACUCCAAACUGACUCAUCUUUUUAAGAAUUAUUUUGAUGGUGAGGGUAAAGUGCGUAUGAUUGUCUGCGUGAAUCCAAAGGCAGAAGACUACGAUGAGAGUUUGCAAGUCAUGAGAUUUGCAGAAAUCACCCAAGAAGUGGAGGUUGCACGACCUGCUGACAAACCUCUGUGUGGACUAACUCCUGGUCGGCGAUUUAAGAACCAGGCUUUCACGGAGGAGCUCUCCCGACAGCUGGAAAUCCGAGGUGGACCAGUUGAUGGAGACAGAGGCCCCUGGGUCAGAGAAUUGCUCCUGCAGAGCUUCCCUCCAGUGCCCUCUUGUGAACUUCUGGACAUCAAUGAUGACCAGACCUUGCCUCGAGUGAUUGAAGUACUUGAAAAGCGGCACCACAUCCGGCAGAAGCUUUCAGAAGAGUUUGUCAAAAAGGUUCUCUGUGUAAAGAACAUGUUGCAAGAACUUGAUGCCAGCAUUGUAUCCAAAGAAAACUUUGCACACGUGAAAGUAGCUGAAAGAGACAAAAUCAUAACAGGACAGAAAACUGAGAUUGAGCGACUAGAGAAGAAAGCAAAAACUCUGGAAUAUAAGAUUGAUAUCCUGGAGAAAACAACAUCAAUUUACGAAGAAGAGAAGCGCAAUUUGCAUCAGGAACUAGAAAGCAAGAGUCAAAAGCUGCAGCGUCAAGUUUCAGACAAGCGUAGACUAGAAGCUCGUUUGCAGGGCAUGGUGACAGAGACGACAAUGAAAUGGGAAAAGGAAUGUGAGCGGCGUGUGGCAGCCAAGCAACUGGAGAUGCAGAACAAGCUUUGGGUGAAAGAUGAGAAGCUAAAGCAGCUAAAAGCCAUCGUCACAGAACCUAAGAGUAACAAACCCGAAAGGCCUUCACGGGAAAAGGAUCGGGAGAAAGCUCUGCAAAGAUCCUUGUCACCUCCUCCAGUACCUUUUUCUAGUAACUGUAUCACUCACCUGCCUAACAACCAUGAUCCGCCUGCCAGAAGCCAGCCACAGCUGCAUAGGCGUUCAAAUUCUUGUAGCAGCAUUUCCGUGGCUUCCUGCGUCUCGGAGUGGGAGCAGAGAACACCUACUCAGCACAGCAAGCCUCCUGGCAAGGGUGACAGUGGCCUCCCUAGAGCCAGGAGUAGACUACAGGAGCCAGAACAAGCCAGGCCCUGGGUUAUGUCAGACAGAAGGCGAGGCAUGUGCUGGACAGGAGUCCUGGCAGCUUCCAGCACUAGAGGGCCCCUAGAGCUAGAAGAGGACUUGUGCUGCAGGACUGCUCCUCCUGUUCGCCUUCGUCACAGGCGGUCUCGCUCGGCAGGGGAGAGGUGGGUGGACCACAAACCUCCUUCCAAUAUCCAGACUGAAACAGUCAUGCAGCCGCACGUCCCCCACGCCAUCAUGGUAACCUCUGCAAACGAGAAGGCACUGGCAAAGUGUGACAAAUACAUGCUGACACACCAGGAGUUGGCCUCUGAUGGGGAGAUCGAGACAAGGCUGAUCAAGGGUGAUGUUUUCAAGACCAGGGGAGGUGGACAGGCUGUUCAGUUCACUGAAAUAGAGACCUUGAAACAAGAAUCACCAACAGGACGCAAGCGGCGAUCCUCUCCGUCAAGCCCUCCCCUCCCCGAGGAGGCUUCCGAGUCAGAAUGGACUGAUGUGGAAACACGGUGUUCAGUCGCAGUGGAGAUGAAGGCAGGUUCCCACCUUGGACCUGGCUAUCAACAUCACGCUCAGCCCAAACGCAGGAAACCAUGAAGCUUUGAGAUUUCUGCUGGGGCUACUUUUCCAAAUAAAUUUUCAGGCUACAUAGCUGGCUAUGCUAGAAAGUGACAAAAGGGAAAUUAAAUAAAAAAAGUGCUUCUCUUGACCCGCAUCUACAUCAUGACUUUGAGGAAGAUGACCUCAUUUUAUUAUUUUAUGCAUUUCUUUGUCUCCUUGUAAGGUUUUUGCCUCAUUUUUCUUCCCGUGCUUCAACGCUUGUUUCCAUGUCUACCUUUAGGGGACAAUGUAUUAGACUGUUACUAUUUAUUUGUCAUCAUGCACUUUAGUAUCUCUGGGUAGCGUUUUGAAAGUUGCUUUUAGAAACGGCUGUCUUUUGGGUUUCCUUUAAAACUAUGGUGCUUUCCUCAGGAAUGUUGUAUACAGGAGACAGCUCCACAAUUGACAGUUUUGUUUUCUGCCAUAUAAUUGAACUAAUAGGAAUGGUUCUUUGCUAUACAGAAUUUCAGUGUAUCAUGAUGAUUAGACAACUUUGUAGUGGCAGACCCACAGCUGUUGUGAUUUUGUCAAUUGAAUUUGCAAAUAAAAAAUUCAUUCAUAGCUUCCUACACUCUGCCCUUUCUGAUCUGCCCUGGCCAUAUUGAGAGGAAGGAUCAUUUAUUCAGAGCGUUGCAAAACAGAAGGGUUCCUGUUCCCUCCAUCACAUUCUGUAUAAACACAUUUUGAAGGCCAAAACAUUCACGAGGUUAUGCAAUGAGAAAGUUUUAAAAAUUCAUGUAGCAUGCGCUAGCCACACCACUAAAAGGAAUAACAUUGCUGUUGCCAUUGCUACGAAG